AUGGAUAACGCAACAGAAUUACACGCUUGGCUCGAUGAAUAUUCUGUUUCACAUCAAAAUCCAACGAAUAUCAUUAUUCAUAAAAUUUGCGUACCAGCCAUAACCUUCACGGUACUUGGCUUUCUUUGGUCGGUGCCAUUGCCAAAAGCGAUUCGGCAAAAUUUGGGUUAUUUAUUGAGUCAUUUCAUCCCUCUGGUCGCUAUUGGGCCUAUUCUCGCCUUCUACUUUCGUCUGUCGACGAAAAUGGCAACGGCAAUGUCGAUUCUACUUGCAUUGGCGAUGAUGGUUUUAGGUAUUAUGGAACAAAAAAGCGUGCGAAUCUUUCGCGUUUCAUUGUUUAUUUUUGUUCUUGCUUGGAUUGGUCAAUUUAUCGGACAUAAUAUUGAAGGAAAGAAACCAUCGUUUUUCAAGGAUUUGCAAUUUUUAGCUGUCGGACCACUCUGGACAUUGGCAAGUGCUUUUCGUGCUCUCGGCAUCGAAUAUUGA